AUGGGCAAAUUGAGCCUCCCAAUUCCAGUCACCGCUGCAGCUGCGGCUGCUUAUGGAUCACCUGCUAGAGCGAAGAAAAUGGCGCUCGGUUUUAUUGCAUUAAUCACAGUAGCAGUAAUCUUCUUUUGGCCUGAACCUUCAAAAUACGUUGUACCACAUGGUGUAUGGCGUGUUAGACAAGCUCUACUCAUUCCAGAAGUUAUCCCGUGGGAAAAAGAAACUACACAGUCAACUCCAGUUCCAACUUACGAUGAACCUUUACUCAGUUUGGGUGGUAUACGCAGACCAUACCUUAACAACACUUUUCCUCCAACCCCCAACCAUACCAUCCCCGUUUUCCCACGUCAAGCUGAACUUUCGUCAGAUGCACCCCAACCAGAGAAUAUCUUAUUCGCAAUGACAACUACUGCUAAAAGAGCAAGAGAAUAUUCUAUACUUUGGCAGCAUUAUAUGUACCCUAAUGCUCGUUGUCUGGUCGUUUUACCUCCUUCAGAUAAGUCAAGGCUGGAAGAGUUACAAAACUUUUUAGAAAGAGUUAGAAGGCUCCAUUGCGUUGUACAGGUCUCUAAAGUCGAUCAUUAUGAAACUCGUAUGUUAUCGGUGCCAAACGAAGCUAAUAAAGUUGCAAAAAAGCUUGGUGGUAUCAAAUGGCUUUGUAUCGGUGAUGACGACACCUUCUUUACUGAUAUAAGGCUGGUUCAAAGGAUGCUUCAAAAGUAUAACCCAGAUGAUGACUAUUUCAUUGGUGCUAUCUCUGAAGGUGCUGAUCAAAGACAAAUAUUUGGUAGACAAGCUUUCGGUGGCGCUGGUCUUUUCAUGUCACCUCCAGUUAUGCAGAAAAUGGCCAAUCAAUACGAGGAUUGUGUUCGUGAAGCCAACAUAUAUUGGGGUGGUGAUGGUAAACUAACUAAAUGUGCUGCUUACGUUUUAGGUGUGCCAUUCGAAGAAGUACUUACGAUUGAACCUGGUAUGCAUCAAUUUGAUGUACCUGGUUCAGGUGCAGGUUACUUACAAUCGGGUUUACCAUUCAUUUCAAUGCACCACUUUAUCAACGGUUGGACUCAUUUGGUUCCUCAUCAUUUGCCAAAUAGAAUAUCUGAUGAUUGGUACGCAACUGGUUUAAUAAUGAAAGCAGCAAAGUUCUUAGGAGGUGAUAAUCUAUUUAGAAGAAUAAUGUUCGAUGGUGGAAAGACACUCCUUUGCCUUGGUCACUCAGUUAUCUUAUAUGAGCAUGCUCAAUCACCAUCAGAUUUAGCUCAAAUUGAGUAUACUUUAGGACCUUCUGGAUUCAGAUUCAUUGAACAAUUACCUGUUAGACCUGAGCCACCAAAGAGGAACGAAUACUUCAUAUCAGAUAUUAGAGUCGAAUCUCCAGAAAGAGCGAUCUUCUGGUUCGAAGAUAAGGAAGGUCAAAGGUUGCGUCUUGUUUGGGACGGUGAGAAUGGGUCAAUAGAUUUGCCUGCUGUACAGCAACCAAAAAAUAAAUGGAUCGGUUGGUAA